UCUGUCUCUCUCUCUGUCUCUCUCUCUCUCUCUCUCUCUCUCUCCGUCUCUAGGCAGCUCCUGAAGACUGAGUUGGGCUCUUUCUUCACAGAAUAUCUGCAGAAUCAGCUGCUAACGAAGGGAAUGGUGAUUCUGAGAGACAAGAUUCGCUUUUAUGAAGGUCAGAAGCUGCUGGAUUCUGUGGCAGAAACGUGGGACUUCUUCUUCUGUGAUGUUCUGUCCACGCUGCAGGCCAUCUUCUACCCUGUUCAGGGUAAGGAGCCGUCCGUCCGUCAGCUGGCUCUGCUGCACUUCAGGAACAUCAUCACUCUCAACAUAAAGCUGGAUGAUGCUCUGACUCGACCACGGGCUCGUGUACCACCCUCCAUCAUUCAGAUGCUGCUCGUCCUGCAGGGCGUGCACGAGUCUAAAGGUGUGAGCAGCGAUUACCUGAAGCUGGAGUCUCUGGUCCAGAAGGUGGUGUGUCCGUAUCUGGGCACGCAGGGGCUGUUCUCGGGCGACGGCUCGGUGGUGCAGAGCUCGUGUGUUCUGGAGAAGCGUCUCCUGCGUCGAUGGCCCCGCUCCGGAGACUCGCCCGCCAAGAACCCCGUGAUGCGCUCCAAGAGCUACAACAUGCCCGUGCUGAUGCCGGUGGCUGAGUACGACCCCGAGAGCGCCGCCGGGGUCAGACGCCACUCUGUGUGUCAGAUGACCUCCUGCGCCGAGGAGCCAGACGUCUGCGAGGACUCGUCUCCUCCCAUCGGCCCCGAAUCCAGCCCUGAGACCCUCGUGGACCAGGUCCUGGAGUCUUUGGACUCAGACACCGAGGGAAUCUUCAUCGACUUCCGCCGGCAGUGCUCCAGCUCGUCUGACUUCAGCCGGGAGAGUGAGAGCGCAGCCUGACCUUUGACCUGUCCACACGCCGCUGCAGAGUCGGUAGAAUGAUGUUGAGAAUAGCAGACUACGGCUGCCUUCGUGCAUUUGGAGAUGACAACGUGUGACCUUUUACCCGCGGCUUUCCACGUUGUCAGACUCGGAGUUAGCUCCUAAAUUAACCCAGUCCUAACUCUCAGAAUGCGUUUAAAGUUACCAGUUCGAGAACACGUGAGGGCUUUGGCAUUGAUGUUGUUGCCAUAGAAACAAAUAAUGCCACGUGUUGUAAUCUCAGAACACACACGGCCUGAAUGCAGCGUAUCUCCAGCGUACUAGAAGUGCAGUGAGUGGAGCGCAAUCGUGACGGAGCCCUUUUACAGCCGUUUUGAACAGAUCUGGAUUAUAUUUAGACAUUUAGCAGAUGCUUUUAUCCAAAUGAGGACCAUAGACUCAAUCAAACCAACAAAAAAAAGCAGUGAUAUAGAAGUCUCAGCCUAGGGUUAGCAACCGUCUUGUUUUCAAGAUGACAAAAGGACUCAAGUUCAGUCUUCUUCAACACCAAGUAAAAUCCAUUCAUUAUUUUAACAAUUUGAUUAUUAUCAGUGCAAUUGAAAAAUCAUAAAUAAUUUAAAUAAUCUUUAGAAUCUCUAGAAAGUAGUGUUUGCACAGGAGAAGGAAUAACGAGCGCAAGAGAGCAAAUGAUUGGUUAAUAAUAAUAAUAAUAAUACUGUAACAUGCAGUAAGAUCUGAUGAUGCACAGAUGUAUCGAGACGCAUCAUGUUUAGUCUGUACGUCUGUGUAGUUUCACUCCAGGUGUUUUGGCAUUCGUGCACUAGUUCGUUCUGAAUGCGUGAUUUUUGUUUUGCUUUUAAUGGAAGACUCAUCGAAGGAUUACUUGAGAUUACAAACAGGCAAACUAAAACUACAGAUUCUUAAAGACUUUUCAGGGGAAACCAAUGGAGUUGAAAUUUUUUUGUAAAUAAUUGAAGGUUUUUACACCGUUGCACAACAGAUAUUACUAACCAGAUUACUAUUUGUAUUGUAAUUCUAAUUUGAAGUAAAAUUGUAUUUUACUGGUGA